UUUUCAUCUUCCUGAAUGAAGUUAUAAGUGACAUGAAGUAAAACAAAAUGAAUCUAUUGAAUUGUUUAAUUGUGACAAUUUUGUAUUGUUUGGGAGUAAUUUGCAAAGAUCAAGGAGUUUUUAUUUCAAAAGAUGAAACGAAAUGGAACGAGUCUAGUUGCACCUUGGCAGAACCAAAGGUAACCUGCAGGGACGAUGGCUCAUGCAUUGUUGAAAAUGGUUUGGAAUUUCUUACAAAUGCAGAAUAUCAAGACAAUGCAUUUUGGAUUGGAUAUGCCAAAACAUGGAUUAGUUAUGCUUAUGCUGGAUGUGGCCAAUUGAAUACUGAGGUCGAAUAUUCUGUUCCAACACUGGGAGAAUGUAGACGUACAGCAGGAUGCAAAACAUUCGGUAUACAAAAUUCAACAGCUGGUUUGCGAUGUAAAUGUGCCAGUAAUAACGCCUCGCGGAGGCUAACAUGCGGAAAAAAAUGUGUAGAAGCUGAUCAAUAUCCUUGUGGUGGUACAGCCGACAUCAAUAUAUUCUCACUUUACACUGUUGAAAAUGUUCCUCCUAGCGAAAAUUCACAAGACAUUCACAGAAACUGUCUAAUGUUUUACUAUAAUUACAGACCUGGAAAUGAUUAUUUUUGGGAUUCAUGCACAUUUAUAAACUACCAAGCGCUAUUAUGCAGCAACAAAUAUUUUUCAGAAUAUAACCCUAUGGCGGAACUACAAAAUGAAAAUUAUGGAAAAUGGGCUAAGGCUGUUGAAAAAUGCGUCGAAGGAGGCAAAUUCCCUGCAUCGAUACAAAGUAUAAAAAAUGUCAAUUUUACAAACCAGGAAAAGCGGAACCAUUGGACAGGAAUAAUGAAAAAAGAUUCUAUAAUAUCUUUGAACGAUAUGCUUGAUAAUAGCACCAAUCAACCCAGAACGUAUGCAUAUGUGGAGAAGAUAAACCAGACUUUUUACGUGAGAUUUGCUAAUGAAAGUGACUUUAGGAAAAGCUUAUGCGUUGGGGAUGGCACAUCGGCAGUACCCACGAUAACGACACGAGAGACACAAUCUUCUUUUUCGGAAUCAACCACGACACCAGCCAAAAGUACAAAAGGUCCUACAUCAAGCGUGACGUCAACCAACCAUGUCAUAACAACAGACAUACAUUCGACGCAAGCACCAACAUUGGAUACAUCUACAACGCCAACAUCGCAUACGGUACCUAAAGGAACAGCAGCCUCCAUAGACAAAGACGAAGCGGGAUCAACGGCAGGCCUCGCUGCUGGUUUGUCCGUAUCUCUGGUAGUGCUUAUCAUUGUGACGGUCAUAGUGCUGGUGUUCUUUAAAAGAAGGGGACUUCUAACAAAGUGCUACACACCUAAGGGUGGAAAAGGCAAUCAGAACGAAGACACACGAACAGAAAUAUCAUUCGUGUCAACACCGAUACUUGAAUCUACUACAAACACAAUGAAUGAAUUAACAUCCUCAAAUCAUUAUUUUGUGCUUGAAAAAACGUUUAAUAGGGAAACCAAAGAGGAGACUGAACACUAUGCAGAGCCAGAUACGACCGAUGUUGACCAUUAUGAAUUGAGCGAAAUGUCGCAGAAAGACACUAAUGAUGAUUACGACACAACCGAUGGCAAAAAGGGCCCAGCCAAGUCUGGAUUGGCUAAGCCAAAUUACAAUUAUAACAAAGUCACGUUACAUCAAUCUAAUGAGUACGAUCAUAUUCAUCAACAUGGAAGGCCGCCAAAGUCGGACAGACAAACUGAAAAUGAAUACGACAUAUCGAAUAACCUGAUCGACGGCAACCCCAAUGAGAAUUUCGGUGAGGACAGUGAUACAUAUAACCAUUUGAACAAAGAUGAAUUGAAGAGCUCAGGCACGGAUAACGUUUAUGGAAAGUCAGAAACAGGUGGCGAUAGUGGAUAUGAUACUUCCAGUUGUCUAAAACCUCGCAUGAAUGUGGAUGGAAACGAUCAGCAAGCUGAUUAUGCUGUGAUAAAAAAGAAAUGGUAGAAUUCAAAGAUUUUUUAUGUACAUGCAAUAAUCAGAUUCCAUGCAAUAUGAAAGAAAUCGACAUUGUCAACUUAACCAGGAUAUAUGUUUCUGAUUAAUCCCGUUCUUGUAGGUUUGCCCCCAUCUGUUACUACUGUUUGUACAUUUAUUAACCGAAAUGGGCUCAUUUAUCAGUUUAGCAAAACACUAUCUCAAUAUUAUAAUUACUAUAAUUUAUUUUAUAAUAAUAAUUUAUGAUAACAGUAUAAUUUAUAAAAUUAUACAAUUAAUUUCGACCCGUUCUGUCAAACAUUCUGACACUGAAUGACUAUUUAGCGCCUGGAACUCCCACUGUAGAACCAUAACACGCCAACUACUUGACAAUACAUCAAAUCAAGGAAAUAUUUGUCUCCUUAUUCAUAAUUCCAACGUCAACGAUUAUGUUUCCCGAAUAAACCGGUCAAAUAUGCACAAAACUGGUGAACAGAAUCACUAUCUACCCACACACCCUUAAUAAGUCCUCUCCUUUAGAUCGGGUAUUCCUGUACCUCGGCGUACAUGCUUCCUUGUAUUUAAUAUUCAGUUACUUUAUUUCAGUGUAAGAUGAAUUAAAACUCUAUAAAACUCGGAAAAUAAGCAUAAAAAACCAGAAUCUCGCAAAGUCACUCGUUAAAAAAUAGUUAUUCUAUGACAUUCGUGAAAUAAAAUAUGAUCUUACACUGAAAUAAACAAAUAUCCUCUAUAUCUGCAUAUGGACCUUGAUUCAUUAAAAUGGUUUCCCGUGUGAUGCAUUUAACAUGAGUUUCCAGGAUAUAAUGUUCUAAUAUUAUCUAGUUAUUAUGUUAAUAAAUAUUUUAGAAUUAACACUACACUUACAUAAUUUGAGAGAUAGUUUUUGAGAAUUGUUGUAGUAUAUUCUGGAACGUUCAUAUUUGGUAGGCAAGGGCAAACCUUUCUGAUCAUUGGUCUUUAGAUAAAAAUAAUGUUUCAUCAAAUAGUAAGCAAGCCUUAAAAUUUCACCAGUGCUAGAACCUUUAUAAAAUCUUUGAAUUAGUUAAAUUAUUAUGUGAGGGAUACAUUUCAACUCUUUGUUGUUCUUAACCUGAACUUGUUUGUGGAUUUAAAUAUUGUGUUUAAUAGUUCAUGUCGAUUAAAUUAUGUGAACAUUAAAACAUACAGGAUUAGUGAAGAUAUUUUGUAAACUGUUAGACA